AUAUCAAAGUGAAUAUUAUUUUAAAAAUUAUGAUGAAUGUGAAUUGUCUAUAAGCAAACAAAUUACGACAUAAAACGAAUGAAAUAGUGUCCGUUAAAAUUCAUUUGAAGAAAAUUUGUUUUUUUCCCACGUAAACUAUUAAUGAAACUAUUUAUGGUUAUACAAAAUAAAGUCACUGGACCGAUUUACUCCUUGUUAAAACCCUGUGCCCUCCCUUCAAAUGAAAUAUUCUAGAAGUUGCACCCAACAGGAAAGAAAGAAAAUGCUGGAAGGAAGGAAGGAAGUAACAGGGCAUUGUUAGGUAAAUAGAUGCAUCAAAGAAGACGUCUUGUCUGCUAAGAUUGCCGACGAGUUAAUCAGAAGACGCGUAUUGCACGCGCAUUGUUACGAUCAUCAUCGCCAGACAUACAACCCCAAAUCCCAAUAGUCAAAAGAACGAAAAAAAAAAAUAACAUGGAUCUCAAACAUGGUCCCAUAUUGCACCGUAAAUUAGAUAAAAAUUUGAAAGGAUUUUUAAGCCAUAUGUAAUUAAUUUGAGUUGUCGUUAUCAUUUGCCAAUUUGGAAACCGUGUUACCCUUUUUUCCUUUUUUCCCCCUUGUGUUCAAACAUUCACAUGCAUGCCUUGUUAGAGCUUCCUAUAUGCCAACCAUAUUGGACAGAUGCCCAACUUGCUCGUUAAGUACAUGCACACAAUUAUUAAAGCCAAAGAGAAAACGAGAAGAUAGAAUAGAGAUAGAGUUAUUCGUAGUUGAGUAAAUUUGAAAUAAUUCAUUAAUGAGUUAUUGUUAAUACCUCAUAAGGGUAGUUAUUGUGAAAUAACUCACAAAUACCACAUUCUCAUUUUGUGAGGAAUUUCACUUUAAUAUUAACUCGUUACAUAACAAUUCAUCCAAACGACCCCCGGUAUGAAUUAAAAAUCCAAAAAUUUAUCAAGAAUUUGAGACAUAAUAUAUUAAUGUCUUCUAUCGUAUAUUAAAUAAAAUCUAAGAUAUUUCUACUUGUAUUUGAAAGUUGAGAGCUGGGAGCCUCGACAUGCAUUCACCACCGUGACACGCUGCUGAAAAUUAUCGUCCUUCUGUUUUAUAAAGUGCUUCUAUCAAGGCAAGUGUUUUUUUACAGAAGAGGUGUUCAGUAGACUCUUUCUCUCUAUCUCUUAUUUUCCUCUUUCAAAUUUUCCUCCGUCCUCUCUCUAACUUAGCCUUUCCUUUUCAGAUUUCAGGGGCUACCGCCGGUCACCUUACGGGCGGUAGCCCAAGGAUCCCUUUCUGUUUUUGUUCUUGCUUUCCAGCUCCAUUACCUUUGUUUGUUUGCAUUUUUUCCUUCGGAUUUCUAGUUGUUUAGCUUUUCUUGCCUUUGUGGCUUUUCCAGUCCUUUUUCUAGGGUUCUUCUUCCUGGAUUUGCUCUCCUUGGGGCUGGGUUAUGCAUCUUGGGCGACUCCUUCAAUUCCUGUGGUGGUCACCUCUCAAGAUGGUGGAUUCUUUGUGCUGCAUGGUGAAUCCUUUCACCGGUUCCCUUGUUGUGUGGUCUGCCUCUUGGUCGUCGUCAGUGGGAGGAGGAUGGUGUCUAAUCCUGUUGGCCGUGGUGGCAUCUCUUGGUUUGUGGGGAUUCCGUUCGUUGGCUCUCGCCUUGACCAAGACUGGUACCUCGGUUCCCCCUGCCUUUUCAGCUCAGAGCAUUUCGAUUCUCAACCUUGACCACCGCCAUGUAAUCUCACAUCUGCGAUUCACUAUGCUGAGACGUCUUCGAGCAUCUCCCAGGAGGCGGCUAAUGGCUUUGUUGUGUUCAAUAGUCAUGGUUUCGGUCGAAUCGAAGGAGCUGGUUGUGUUUGGUGCUACUUUGGUUGAUGUGGUUGCAAGAGAGAUUUCUGGGUUUUCUGUUUUUGGAUCUAGAGUUUUCAGAUCCAUUGUUUUAGUUUAAUCAUUCUGUGUUUGUGCUGCCAUUGUAUUCCUGAAGCACAGAUUGUUUCAGCGGUGUGCUAUUGGGAUUUGCUCUUGAUCUUUCUCUAGAAAUCCUGUUAGUUUCUCUUGUAAUUUGUCAUUCAAAGUGCAAUGCAAGCAAUCUCUUUGUAAAAAAAAAGGCAAGUGUUUUCAAAGGAUGGGUCAAGGAAAGAUGUGACAUAUACAGUUAUACAUAGAAGACUCCAAAUAGUCAACAUAUAUAGUGGUGCCAAACUACAACUUGGUCCAAGUGGGAAUUAAGUCCUUUGCCCCCUAAAUCACUCUGUAAUUAAUUGACUUUGUGGCUUAUGGAUCGAAGUGGUGGUGGUAGAGGAGGAGGAAAAAACUAGCCCCAAUAAUUAAUAGGGGUGAGCCCCAUUCUUAGCGUAUAUUUAAUUAGGCCAACCAAAUUAAAUUGGCAAUUGGAAACUGUCUUUGAAUUUCCCACAAGCAAUGCAACCACCAAAGGGAACAAGCUAAUCCAGAUUCCAGUGGUCCUAAUUUUAAUUAUCAAAUAGUAAGUAAGCACCCAUCAUUAAUAUAAUUAAGUGUGGAGAAACUUGCUUUCAUUUUCUAGAUGGAGAUGACAAAUGUGUUAUUAUUUGAUUAUUUAGAGAAGAAACAGUCUUGGUCACUUUUCUUGACAUGUGGUCCAAAUAAUACAAAAUUUGUAGCGUGUUGGACUCAUUUGAAAGAGGGAUUAGUUAUCUAGGUUUGAAUGCGUUUUAUCAUUAAUAUCCCCCAUCAUUUUGCACUCUUGUUAACAAAAAAGGAGGACGAAGGUAAAUAAAUGUAAUGGAGGGUAGUUUAACAUACGCACACACAGUGUAAGUUUAGACAAAAAUACAAAGACUAAUUUAUAACCUUUCAUGUACUAUUACAACUUUCUAUUGAUAUAUAACUCCAUUUCUGCAUACAAUCUCUCUAUUGAGUGAACUAAUUACGGGAUUCUCAAAAUCCAAGCAUUCUACAACGUCCGUUUAUCGAAAUUCUCGAAAUUCGUACAAUAUGCAUUCAACCACCACUUAAUUUGAUGCUUCACUAGGGGGAAUUAUGUAGUUUUACUCCUUAUAUGCAAUGAAUAGGGACUACUAUCCAACUAUUUAAUAUUUCCCCCAUUUUUGGUUUUUGGCAUAUCUCAUUAUCUCAAGAUUUCGAAUGCACUCCCUCCACCAAAACUCCCAUCUGGCCGUUACCCCACACAUCAAAUUACAAGAAAAGAAACAUAACAUGUUGAAUGUGAAAGGUGUCUAGUAGGAGAACCACAUUCAUUUUUAACUCGGAAUUUUGAAAACUUUUGCCUAGAGGAAACGAGUUUAUCGUGAUAUAUUAUAUUUACAAGUUUAUAGGGAAAAAAUUUCAGGACAAAAAAUACCGCUCUAUUAUACUACCCUGGUACAUGGUGGUAACUAAUGGUUUACGUUGAUGAUAGGUGGUAAAUGAACGUUAAUAUAUUUCUACUAUCGUGUAUGCAACAAUUAUACACUCUGGUGUGUUCAUACCACCAUGAUAUAUACAUGUGGCCACUAAUUAUAGAUUUUCUUUGUAGUGUAUGUUACUGCCAAGAUAUAUGUGUUUUCAAAGAAUGGGUCAAAUAAUGGUGUGACAAAUAUGCAGAAGACUCAAAAUAGUCAACACAGUGUGAAGUCCUUUGUGUGAAGUCCUUUGCCCCCUGAUGAAGUACCACUCUUCAAUUUCUUGACUUUGUGGCUUAUUUAUGGAUGCGGAGAAGGAAAAAAACUAGCCCCAACAAUUAAUAUUAGUGAACCCUAUUAUUAGUUUAUAUUAAUAUGCAUAAGAAUUAAUUUAGAAAAAAACAUAAAUUAAAUUGGCAAUUGGAAA